AUGGAUCACCACCACCACCAUCACCAUGGCCGGAGAGAAGAGGAGCAGCACCGACCUCCGCCGCCGCGACCAUCCCCUCCUCCCUUCUACGGCGUAAACCAACCCCCGCCGCCGUUUCCUCCGCCUCCGCAAGUCCACCACACCUCCCACACCGGCCCCGGGCCUCAGUCAUACCCUCCACCACCUCCCCCUUCCGCCUUCGCCGGCCACCCCCCACCACCACCACCCGGCGGCGGAAACCACCAGCACCACCAUCCCCAUAUGCCCCACUUUCCUCCGGUCAUAAAUCACCACACCGACCACCACAAAGACGACGACGAAUUUGCCAACAAACCCUCAUUCAGAAUGUACAGCAAGGCCGAACCUAAUUACUCGCUAACCAUACGAGAUGGGAAAGUUGUUCUCGCCCGAUCCAAUUCAUCGGAUCCUUGUCAGCCGGCCCACGAAACGAGCACGAGGGUGAAGGAUGAAGAAGGGUAUCCAAGCUUUGCUUUGAUCAACAAAGCCACCAAACAGGCCAUCAAACACUCCAUCGCUGCUACACAACCGGUCCAGUUGACUGCUUACAACCCUAAGACACUGGAUGAAUCGAUAUUAUGGACGGAGAGCAAAGACUUGGGCGAUAGUUAUCGAACGAUAAGGAUGGUUAAUAACAUAAAGCUAAACAUAGAUGCUUUUAAUGGCGAUAAAAAUCACGGUGGGGUCCACGAUGGCACCACAGUUGUUCUCUGGGAGUGGAAGAAGGGAGAUAAUCAACGCUGGAAGAUCGUUCCUUACUGAUAUACGAAGGGAGAACAGAAGCCUUCUGUGUUCACAGGUGUUUCUAUGGCUUCGAUUAUUAAUGUAAAACACGGUUUAUAAUUUAUAUAUGUGUGCCUUUCGGCUCUUGUUGUGGUAACCUUAAAAUUGUGUAUGUAGUUACGUUUAAAUAAAUAAUGCAGCCGGACUAUGGGGGCUUACAUCCGCUUCGUUCGUGCAGGCUUGUAGUUGUAUGUAUAUGUAUGUAUCGAGUAUAUUGAUGAUGUACUAUGAAUAAGAUCUAUUUAUGGACUUCUGAUCCUAUUAUGUUUCCUUAAAUAAGAUUUGUUCUAGAGUU